GUAAAAAGGGCGGUUCUACCGCUAGCGGGACCGGAAGGCGGAAGUGGUGGGGUGUUUGCCGGAGGUUUGGGGAGCCCUCCCGGGAUCAUAGAGCGACGGUGGGGGAAGCGGGUGGAGCGGGAUAGAGCGUCUCCCCCCGGGCUGUGGCCUAGUGGGGGUUAAGCCCGGCUUAGCGGCGGCGGCAUGGCGUCCCCGGCGCGGCCGGACGCGGUGCAGACGCUGCGGGAGGAGGCGAUCUGCGCCAUCUGCCUCGACUACUUCGCCGACCCCGUGUCCAUCGGCUGCGGCCACAACUUCUGCCGCCGCUGCAUCGCGCGCCUCUGGGACAACGACAGUGACAAUGACAAUGACAACGGGACGGCCGCGGGGGGCGAGGGGGACGAGGAGGAGGAGGAGGAAGAGGAAGAGGAAGAGGAGGAAAUGUGGAGCGAGGAGGAAGAGGAAGCCACGGAGCUUUGGGAUGAAGACGAGGAGGAGGACGAGGAAACUUGGGACAACGCGCCGGAUGAUGCUUAUUAUAAUUACGAUGAGGAUGUGAUGGAGGAGGAUGUGGAGGAGGAAGAGGAAGAGGAGGAGGAGGAGGAGGAGGAAGAGGAAGAAGCGCCCCCACCGCAAACCCCCCCGCGCCGCUCGCCCCCCUUCACCUGCCCCCAAUGCCGGAAAACCUUUUACCAGCGGAAUUUUCGGCCUAAUUUACAAUUGGCCAAUAUGGUGCAAAUCAUCCGGCAGCUGCACCCGCAGCGACCUGGGGGGCCCGGGGGUGGACACGGGGGACCCCCCGAGCUGUGCCAGAGGCACCAGGAGCCGCUGAAGCUGUUCUGCGAGGUGGACGAGGAGGCCAUUUGCGUGGUGUGCCGAGAGUCGCGGGCGCACCGGGCGCACAGCGUGCUGCCGCUCGAGGAGGUGGUCACCGAGUACAGGAACAAGCUCCAGAGGCACCUGGAGCCGCUCAAGCAGAAACUGGAGGCGGUUGUGAAGCAAAAAUCCCACGAGGAGGCGAAAAUCACGGAGCUGAGGGAGCAGAUGCAGCUGGAGCUGCAGGAGCUGCAGGCGGAGCUGGAGGCGCUGCAGCGGUUCCUGCUGGGGGAGCAGGUGCAGCAGCUGCAGCAGCUGGAGUCGCGCUUCCAGGCGCUGCUGGCGCGGCAGAGCCGCAACGUGGCGGCGCUGGAGACGCAGCGCGCGGCGCUGGAGCGGCUCAUCGCGCAGGCGCGGGACAGCGCGCGCCACGGCGGGCUGCAGCUCAUCAAGGACAUCAAAGGCACCUUCAUCAGAUGUGAAAACAUCAAAUUCCAGGAGCCCGAGAUGGUGCCCGUGGACGUGGGCAAGAAAUACGGGAACUGUUUCCUGCAGGACGUGGUGAUGAGGAAGAUGGAGAAGGUGUUCAGCAAAGUCCCCAAGGCGGAGGUGACGCUGGACCCCGCGAGCGCGCACCCGCGCCUGGCGCUGUCCCUGGACCGGCGCGGGCUCAAGCUGGCCGAGCGGCGCCCGGACGGCGCCGACCCCGCCGCCAAGCGCGGCGACGGCGACUUCAGCGUGCUGGGCCUGCCCGGCUUCACCGGCGGCCGCCACUACUGGGAGGUGGAGAUCGCGGGGCGGCGCGGCUGGGCCGUGGGGGCGGCGGCGCGGCGGCGCGACAGGACCCGCCCGCACAACAACCGCGAGGUUUGGUGCGUGGGCACCAACGGGAGGCGCUACCAGGCGUGCGGGGGGGCGGAGCAGACGCCGCUGGCGCCGGGGGAGCGGCCGCGGAGGUUCCGGGUCUACCUGGACUACGAGAGGGGCCAGUUGGGCUUCUACAACGCGGACACCAUGGGCCACAUCCACACGUUCCGCGCCGCCUUCCGCGAGCGCGUCUGCCCCUUCUUCCGCGUGCUGGGCCGGGGCACGCGCAUCCGCAUCUGCGCGUGACGGGCGCCCUCGCCACGCCCCUCCCCUUGCUGGCCCCGCCCCUCUCCUCGCUCGGCCACACCUCUCUCCCCGCUCGCCCCCCGCCCCUUUCCUCGCUCACCUCCCUCCUAGCUGGCCCCGCCUCCCGCCCCGCCCCCUCCUCGCUGGCCCCACCCCUUUGUUUUCCCCGCCCUUUUUUGCGCCCCUUUCCUCCCUCUUUCCCGCCUUUUUUGCCCCAGAUUUGCCCCAAUUUCCCGUCCCUUUUCCGCCUUUUUUUGCGCCACUUCCCUCCCUUGUUUCCAUCCUUUUUUUUUGCACCCUCUUCCGGCCAUUUUCUGCCCUUUUUUUGUGCUUCUUUCUGCCCUUUUUUGCCCCAAUUUUCCACCCCUUUCCUCUAGCCCUUUUCCCGCCAUUUUUUGCGCCCCUUUCCAUUCCUUUCCCCCCUAUUCCCACCUUUUUGUGGCCCCUUUUCCUCCCGUUUUUCCUCCCAAUUUCCUCCCCGGUUUUCCCCCCAUUUUCCCCCCUUUUUUAGGCUCCUUCCCGCCCUUUUUUGCACCCUCAUCCACUCUUAUUUUUCCCCAUUUUCUCCCCCAAUUUUCCCCACAUUUAAGGAAAAUUGUGCCCAUUUCCUCCCCUUUUCCUUUUCCUCCCCGGCUCCCGCCCUUCCCAAACGCUCCUUUUCCCCAUUUCCCCCCCAUUUCUGCUCCUUUGCUGCACUUUUUACCUCAGAAACACCCAAAUUCCCCUUCAGAACCCGCUUUUUACCCCCAAACCCGCCCUCACACCCAUUUCCCCGCUCUUUGCCGCGUUUUUGGGGAGGAAAAGCCCUUUUUGGCCAUUUCCCGCAGACCGGGCACUUUACGGAGCUCUCGCCAGUGGCAAUAUUUAUGGUUUUUCACCCUUUUUGCCCCGUUUCCUCAGAUUUUGGUCAAAUUUCCACCUGAUCCCACUCGAGAGGCUCCGGUCGCGUUUGAUUUUCUGCUGGUGGUGGAUUUAUCGCUGUAAUUUUAUUGUAUUUUACUGUAUUUUACGUUAUUUGUUGCUGUUGGCGUUACAGAGCGACUUCAACUUAUUUUUGGCUAAAAUAAGAAUUAAAGGGAGAUUUAGUUUUAUGAGAUGUUGAGAAAUAAUAAUAAAGAUUAAAGUUGUAAAACCCUGA